UCAUACUCGCCCUUCGUGAUCCGCUGGUGCGAAGGACUGCAAGAUACCGACUGUUUGCGCGUCGCAGGAUUAGCCUUGCAGAGGAUUGGCCUUGCAUGUCCGCUGCAUGUGCCAGCGCGAUGACAUCGGCGCCGAAUCCUGUGGCAUCUAGGUUUGUUUUGAAAAGCAAUUCCCGAUAUCAACAGACUCCUCCGCCCGGAACCAAUGACAACACUCGUCAAAUCAUUCCUAAGACAAGAUUGGAUCACGAUGGAAUCUUGCAUUUAAUGAUCUUGAGGUCUCUAUCAAAUGACUUUGAGCACCAGGACAAUCUUCCGCACACACAUCACUUCAAGGAUACCUAUGUAUGACAGUUUAAAUCCGAUACAGG